UAAUGAAAAAUUUUGGGAAAGAAUUAAAAGAUGAUUUCGUAAUAGAAUCUGGAUACACUUGUGUUAAUCAUAGUAGCUUUGGCUAUAUUCCAAAAUGUGUCUUAUAAUCAAGAAUUGAUAAUUAUAGAAAGUUUUUAGAGAAUCCUGAUAGUUUUGCUCGAUACAUAAUUCCAAAGUAAUCUCCAAUAGUCAGAAAAACUGCAGCAGAAUUUUUGAAUGCAAACUUUAAUCAAUGUUUCUUCUCAAAUAAUUCAGCAGAGUCCAUGAAUAGUAUAAUUAAAAGUAUUUUAUUUCAAUAUCUUUUAGAUUUGGGAUUGACAGAUAAGGAUACAAUUUUAUAUUUGAAUAUUGCCUAUCCUAUGGUAAAGAAUGUGAUAAAAUAUAUGAAUACUCAUUUUAAUGUGAAUACAUGUAUGAUAGAUCUUAAGGUUGAAGACUUGAAAAAGGAAAUCAUUCUAUAGUAUAUUGAAGGUAAGAGUAGAUAAUAUAUGAUUAGAAAAUAUGAAAACAAAGAAAAUAACAGUAGCAAUUUUAGAUAAUAUAUCAUCAUUUCCGUCAUUAAAAUUGCCAAUUAAAGAGUUUGUUGAAUUAUGCAAGAAAUAUGAUGUAAUAAGCAUAAUUGAUGGAGCUCAUGGAGCUGGAAUCAGAGAAAUCAAUUUAAAAGAGUUAGAUCCUGAUUUCUUUUUUACAAAUUUGAACAAAUGGGCAUUCUGUCCAUGUAGUGUUAAUUUAUUAUAUGUGAAGGAGAAAUAUUUGAAUUUAAUACAUAACAACACAAUAUCUGUAUUUUAUGGAGCUGGCAUUGAAAAAGAAUUUGAAUAUUAUGGUACUAGAGAUGCAAGUAUUAUCUUAUCUGUAAUUGAUGGAAUAAACUAUAUCAACUCAUUUGGUCUAAAAUAAAUAAUUGAAUAUUGUGAGAAUUUAGCUUGGGAAGGUAGUAAUUUAGUUGCUAAGAUUUGGUAAACUGAAUUAUUAGUUCAAGACUAAUCUAUGCAUUCUGCUAUGGUGAAUGUAUUAGUGCCACACAAAGAUCAUCCUUAUAUAAUGGAUUGUUAGAAAAUAGUAAAAAUUUAAUAUAUUAAUAUUUUAUAGUGUUUUGAGAAAUAUAAUGUAUUUAUUGUUCUCUAUGAAUUUGAUGGAAGAUCAUGGGCUAGAUUUAGUGCUAGUAUUUAUAAUUGUUUGGAAGAUUAUGAAUAUGCUGCAAAGUAAUUCUUAAAUGUGUUAAAGAAUGAAGGAUGA